AUCAAAUCAGCAAGCCGGGCGGGUACGUUACGUAGUUUACGUAACAUGGCGGCUCCCAAGGAAUCGCGCGUUUUGAUCCGCGCCGUUAUUCAAGAGCUUAGGAGAAGUCUUCCGCAGGGACAGUUCAGCUUGCUGGAAGGGAGCCCUCGAGGUAGGAGGGCCCCGUGAGUCCCCCUCCCCCCACGUCGUUUGUGCCUCCAGCGGUCUUGAUGGACUUCCGACUCAUUGGUGUAUUCGAGUCUUCCUGCCCCUGUCGUGCCGACGACUGGGACCUCGAAAUCUGCCCAGAACCCAGGUUCCGGCUCCUCGUCUCCAGCAUGCCUGGGCCCAGCACAGGCCAAGGCCUGUCCGAACUCAUCAAGAUGACGCAGGACUGCUCGGUGGCCCUGCAGCGGCUCGAGGACGUGGUCCCGGGUUUUCACUACUUGACACGCUCGAGCCGCACCGUGGCCGGAAAGGAACGGCUCGCCAGAGCGGCCGCGUGCACAAACGGGACGGCUACUGCGGUGGGUGCGGACGAAGAGUGGAUGAGAGACCGCGUCCAAAAAGAGCUGAGGCGGGGAAGGGGAGACAAGAGGCGUGUAGUCGUGCGCAGUUUCGGCUACACGGUUACGUGCAAGGACUUGAAAACGGUGCUCGGUACAAACUGGCUGAACGACGUCGUCAUCGACUUCUACAUGGGGCUCGUGGCCGCACGUUCCAACGAGACCCCCGGCAGCCUCCGCGUGCACGCACUGACGACGCACUUCUUCAACGUGCUGAGAAACCGGGGCUACGAUGCCGUGCGCCGCUGGACGGACACUGUGGACUUGUUUUCGUACGACUUGGUGUUUGUGCCCAUCCACGACCUAGACCACUGGUCGCUCGCCGUUCUCAACAUGACGAACCAAACGUUUGAGUUCUACGAUUCCAUGGGUCGUAAGAACUGGAGGUGCUAUCAGGUGUUGAUGGCUUACCUGAGAAAAGAGCACCAGGACAAGCAGAAAGUUCCUCUCACGCCGGAUGUGAAGUGGGAGUGCCAUUACGUUAAGAACCUUCCACAGCAGACCAACUCUCACGACUGUGGAGUGUUUGUGUGCCUGUAUGCAGAGUGUCUCGCAAGAGGCGCGCCUUUCACUUUCUCCGCUCGUGACAUUCAGCGGUUACGAUAUCGAAUUGCCUUUGAGAUCUUGUCGGGAAAGUUGAUGAACCACUGACACUGACUGCUGCCACUUCACACAAAGACAAAACUAACGCAUUACCUGGGGGGACACGUUGCUGAUGGCAGCCUCCACACACGUGCCUGUGCUGUUUACACAAGCAUACCUGAUUAGAUGAGACGUUUUCUUCAUUCGGCUUACACGGGCUGAUAGAUACCCGUUUGUCUUUGCCAUGUGAUAUGAAUGUUAAUAUUAGAGAUGUUCAGGCCUCCACCUUUUGCCAAUCCAAAGGCCACCAUGCUUCAUUUUAGGAGCUUCUCAUUUUAGUUUUGCACAACAUCAUUGUGCUCAACAUUUUUUGUGACGUUCUCGAUCAACCAUAACCUCUUCUUUUUGUGGGAUACUGUUCCGCGUGUGAAUACUUCAUUUUUAUAAUUUGGGUAUAUUGAGAACCUUGCAAUUUUCACUCACUUAAUGAACUUCCAAGUUAUUCUACAGAUGGACUUGUGUUAGCUAUACUCAAAACAGGGCAGCCCCUGCUUGUUUUCUAUUUGUGAAGCUCUUAGCUGCCUCGAAAAUGUGAGGACAGCAGGGCGUGUUUAAGAUUUGCGAUCUUCAAGCUCACGUAGUCCUAAAAUACUGACUUGCCAGUGUCAUUCAUUGCUUCUGCAAUAAUUGAUCCCUGGCAUUGCAGCAGAUUUUGACGGUAAGAGGCUUCUUGAACAAAUUUUCGUGCCAGGCUCGGUACUGAGGCAAGAUGCUUAAGAUGCUGUUUUUGCAGCAUUUUUUUGUGUUUACUGUGUUGAGUUUUGUAUGGACCCAAAAAGUCUCAUGCAUCAGAAUUUUCUGUUCUGGAGUUGGGUGCUCUGUCCUUUUUUUUUCUCCAGCGAAGUGAAUUUGUGGAAGAAAUAAUAAAUGUGCGUAUAUUUUUUUACUGUUAAA